AUGGCUGGAAUUGAACAAGUGAAAGGAAAGCCACAAGGCAGAAGAAAAAUCCCAAUUGAGAAAAUUGUUGACAAAGCCAAGAAACAAGUCACAUUUUCUAAGCGAAGGAAAGGGAUUUUUAACAAAGCUAGUGAAUUAUGCAGCUUAUGCAAUGCUAAAAUCGCGGUUAUUACAUUUUCUGGAGCUGGCAAGAUCUUCUCUUUUGGCCACCCAAGUAUUGAUGAAAUUGUUAAUAGAUACCUUCAUGGAUCGACGACGUCGUUGGAAGACUCAUUAGACAAUGUUAAUGGGCAUUUAAGCAAAGAGAUGUUGAAUGUAACAACAUGUAAUCAUGAUUUGUUUUGGUGGGAGAAGCCUGUUGAAGGUUUAGGGUUGGAAGAACUUGAGCAAUAUAUGGUUUUAUUAAAAGAGUUGAGAAAUCAUGUGGCCUCUAAAGUUGUUAAUAGUAAGAAAGAUGGUAGUGUAGCUUUAUCUCUUACUCCACAAUUUGGUUUAGAUCUCAACAAAGAAUACAAUCCAUUGAGCAAUGAUCAUAUACCAAGUGAUGCUAAGGAUAUGGUGAUUUUUUUAUCAGUUGCUAGAUCGAUUAUUCUUCGCAGUGAUCAAAGUAGUGUUGAUGAUACUAGUAAUAACAACAAGUAUAAGUUCAAGUUGAAGGAAGGAGGAGUUGUAAUAGAUGAUGAUAAGUUUGUAGGAAAUGUCACAGAUUUGGAUGAUAAAAGACGUGUUCCAACGGGCUCCAAUCCACUACAUAACAGGUAG